CCAUAUCCCUCCAAUUCUCCCCACCACCAUUCCACGCAAGCCCUCUCAAAACCUCUCUACACUCCUUCCACCCUCAAUUCAAACACAUCAAAGGAAGAAAGAAAAAGUCUCCCAAGAUGGCCAUUAGGAAAUCAACCACAAAAGCGCCACAGACAGCUGGCCUAAAGCAGAUACUGAAGAAGUGCUCGAGCUUUGGGAGGAAGUCGUGGAACGGGUCGAGCGAUGAGGAGGACAAGAGGCUCCCCCAGGACGUCCCCAGGGGCCACUUUGCGGUGUAUGUCGGGGAGAACAGGAGCAGAUACAUAGUCCCAAUCUCUUGGCUGGGACAUCCUCAGUUUCAGUGUCUGCUCCAAAGGGCAGAGGAGGAGUAUGGAUUCAGUCAUGACAUGGGGAUCACUAUACCAUGUGAGGAGGUUGUGUUUAGGUCCCUCAUAACUUCCCUGGUCUGCUGAUGACGAUCGUAUUCAUGACACCAGUUCCUAUGGCUGAACUGAAUUGAUGAUCGUCCCCAAUGAUUCAGGUAGCGAAGAACCGGAGACAAGGAGCAGGACGUGCUUAUGAGUGUAUUAGGAAUGCAUACGGAUGAGUUUAUGCCAACAUUGUCGAUCUGUGAUACAGAAACUAGGGAUGGUUUUUAUCAAGUUGUUGCAUCUGCAGGGUUCUGAAAAUUCACCCAUCUCGUGAUUGCUUCUUCACUGCCGAUGCGGAAGAUUACUAUAGUUUUGAUCAUUUUAUCUGGGAGGGUUCAUGGACACCCAUCAUGAUCUGUUGAUUAAAUUCUAGGAGUGGUUUGAUCUGACAAAUUUCUUUGUUCUAAGUAGUUUCAUUAACAUGUGUAAAUGGAUGCCUUUCUUUUUUCUUUUUUUUUUCCCUUCAUUUUGUAGAUUGUAGUGUUUGUGGUUGUUUAAUUUGAUUAUUACUUCAAUUUGUAAAAGGAAAUGUUGACUUCUUUUUUUUUAUUAUUAUAAAAAAGCCCGGGGAGUUAGUA